GCGCGUCCCUAUAACCGAGCAGUGAAAAUUCACACUGGGGAUCUGCUAACAGGCACAGAUGUCAUGUGAAAACGCACAUGCUCUGCCAUUCACACAGCCCUCCUUUCUUUCUUUCUUCUUUUCCCCCAGUUCCCUUUUUAAAAAAAAUAGAAACUCCUUUCGCCCCCCUCCCCCCCUGUAACUAACAAACCAACAACCACCAUCGCUCCUGCUCCUCCUCAGUCCAAGUAAUCACAAAAGAAAUCUUUUUGGAGCUGCUGGUGGUAUUUCCGAGCAAAUACGGGGAGGGGAGGCGGAAAAAGAAACACGCACAAUUCAAACAAGCCAGACAGACAUUCCUUUUACAUCUACAUACACAUUAUACUUUGAAAAAAUAAGAAUAACAACCUUGGAGGAAUGAUUUUCCCAGCAGAGCAAAUCUACUCCGGCUGCAGCCUUCCUUCUUGCUGAGAGGGGAUUUUUGUGAUACAAGGUCCAAGCUGUUAGCUUCAUGACUGCGCUGAGCAGGGAAUCGCCAACACCAUGCGAGCACAAAUUGAAGUGAUACCAUGCAAAAUUUGUGGAGAUAAGUCCUCUGGAAUACACUAUGGAGUCAUCACAUGUGAAGGCUGCAAGGGUUUCUUUAGGAGGAGUCAGCAGAACAAUGCCUCUUACUCCUGCCCCAGGCAGAGAAACUGUUUAAUUGACAGAACCAACAGAAAUCGUUGCCAACACUGCCGACUGCAGAAGUGUCUUGCCCUAGGAAUGUCUAGAGACGCUGUGAAAUUUGGAAGAAUGUCCAAAAAGCAGAGGGACAGCCUGUAUGCUGAAGUGCAGAAGCACCAGCAGCGAUUACAGGAGCAACGGCAGCAGCAGAGUGGUGAGGCAGAAGCCCUUGCCAGGGUAUACAGCAGCAGCAUCAGUAACGGCCUGAGCAACCUGAACAACGAAACUGGUGGCACUUACUCGAAUGGGCAUGUCAUUGACCUGCCAAAGUCCGAGGGUUAUUAUAAUGUGGAUUCUGCCCAGCCCUCCCCAGAUCAGUCUGGGUUAGACAUGACUGGAAUCAAACAGAUAAAGCAGGAACCUAUCUAUGACCUCACUUCUGUACCAAACUUGUUUACCUAUAGCUCUUUCAACAAUGGGCAAUUAGCUCCGGGGAUAACCAUGACUGAAAUAGAUCGAAUUGCACAGAAUAUCAUUAAGUCCCAUUUGGAGACAUGUCAAUAUACAAUGGAUGAACUACACCAGCUAGCAUGGCAGACCCACACAUAUGAAGAAAUUAAAGUAUACCAGAGCAAGACAAGAGAAGCAUUGUGGCAGCAGUGUGCCAUCCAGAUCACUCAUGCUAUUCAGUACGUAGUGGAGUUUGCAAAGCGGAUAACAGGCUUCAUGGAGCUCUGUCAAAAUGAUCAAAUUCUACUCCUUAAAUCAGGCUGCUUGGAAGUGGUUUUGGUGAGAAUGUGCCGUGCCUUCAACCCACUCAACAACACUGUUCUGUUUGAAGGAAAGUAUGGAGGAAUGCAAAUGUUCAAAGCUUUGGGUUCUGAUGAUCUGGUGAAUGAAGCGUUUGACUUUGCAAAGAAUUUAUGUUCCUUACAGCUGACUGAGGAAGAGAUUGCAUUGUUUUCAUCUGCUGUUCUGAUAUCACCAGAUCGAGCCUGGCUAAUAGAACCAAGAAAGGUCCAGAAACUUCAGGAAAAGAUUUAUUUUGCACUUCAACAUGUGAUUCAGAAGAACCAUCUUGAUGAUGAGACCUUGGCAAAGUUAGUAGCCAAGAUACCAACCAUUACUGCACUUUGCAACUUGCAUGGAGAGAAACUGCAGGUAUUUAAGCAAUCUCAUCCAGAUAUAGUGAAUACACUGUUUCCUCCGUUAUACAAGGAGCUUUUCAAUCCAGACUCUACCACGGGCUGCAAGUGAAGGGGAAGAUAGAAUUGUCACAUAGUCCUGGAAUGCAUCACUGUAAAGACAAAAGAAAUGUUUUCAUGAAGACUUAUUGAAAAUGUCACUACUGCAACACUAGGAAUGUCCUGCACUUAAUAGAAUUAUUUUUCACCGCUACAGUUUGAAGAAUGUAAAUAUGCACCUCUGAGUGGGGCUCUUUUAUUCUUGUCUUUCUUUUACUUCUUUUUUUUUAACUGACCAUAAAUAUACAAAUAUAGGA